CACCAUGAGAACAAUUCGCUGUACAACACCCCUCCCUGUUAUGGGAUCUACAUGUGUGGAUUGGUGUUUGAGGAUCUUCUGGAACAGGGGGGGCUGAAGGAGGUGGAGAAGAAGAACAAGAAGAAGGCGGAGAUCCUGUACGAGGCGAUCGACGGGAGCAAGGGGUUCUACCGGUGCCCGGUGGAGCGGUCGGUGAGGUCGCUGAUGAAUGUGCCGUUUACGCUGGAGAAAGCGGAGCUGGAGGGUGAGUUUGUGAAGGAAGCAGCGAAGGAGAAGAUGGUUCAGCUGAAGGGGCACAGAUCAGUGGGAGGAAUGAGAGCUUCUAUAUACAAUGCGAUGCCAUUGGCUGGGGUGGAGAGUUUGGUUGCUUUCAUGAAGGAUUUCCAGGCAAGGCAUGCUUGAUUUCAGUAUAACAUAUAUGUAAUUUUUGCUCUCUAUUUUCUGCUCUGGGGUAGAAAUCUAAGCCGGAGCAUCUUCUUAUGUAAUGUUUUUGGUUUUGUUUUUGUUUUGGUUUUGGUUUUGGUUUUGGUUGGCAAUCUGAUCAAAGCAGGAUCUUUAUUUGUCCAAUGGGGGUGGGGAGUUGUGUUUUUUGGUAGAGUUUUCGUGCAAAUUUUCUCAAGAGGAUUUUGAUCUUCUGGUGAAAAAUGAGUAGUUUAGGUUGGUGAUUAUACUAUUGAAGCUUUCGAAUCAAUAACCUAUGGUUCACUUCUC